AUGGAGCUGGAGGCUGGGAGCUGCUGGCUGCCCGCUGCCGGCCUCGGGUUGCUGGCUGCCGGGCUGUGGCUGCGGCUGCUGCCGCUGCAGGGCAACCUGGAGCUGGCACUCGGGUUGGUUGUCCUGCUCCUCUCUCUGCUUUUCCUCUACCGCCUCCUGUUCGCCCCCCUGCAGCAUCUCCGAGCCUCUCACCGGGUCGGGUACAUCCCGGAACCCGGCACCAGCAAGCGACAGGCGGCCGCUGAAGUCAGGAGGAGGCGGAAAAGAGGCGACCUGCCCCCCGUCUAUCCGAAUGGAUGGUACCGGCUCCUGGACUCUCAGCAACUCCGAGAGGGACAGGUGAAGAACAUCACCAUCUUCGGUGAGCAGGUCGCAGUGUAUCGUGGCCAGGAUGGCCAGGCCUAUGUGGUUGAUGCCUACUGCCCUCACCUGGGUGCUAACCUGGCUGUGGGGGGCCGAGUGAUAGGCAACUGUAUCGAAUGCCCAUUCCAUGGCUGGCAGUUCCGUGGUGAGGACGGCAAAUGCAUAAAGAUUCCGUAUGCAGAGAAAGUGCCAGACUUUGCUAAGGUUAAAACAUGGCCCUCGUGUGAGCUGAACUGCACAGUGUUUGUGUGGUUUCACUGUGAUGGCAUUGAUCCGAGCUGGGGUAUUCCGGAACAGGAGGAGAUCCAGUCCAGAGAGUGGGUAUAUCGUGGGAGGACUGAGCAUUACAUCAACUGUCACAUCCAGGAAAUUCCGGAGAAUGCGGCUGACAUCGCCCACCUGUCCCACCUCCACACUCCCAGCAUGUUGAGUGGUUCUGAUCUCCGAUACACCAGGGCCAGGCUCUGGAACUUUGCACAGCACAACUGGAAGGUGGAGUGGAACCCAGAACCAGAGCCCAACAAGCACUGCUCACGCAUGCAGGUGAACCACACUUUCUACAUCCUCGGCCGACACUUCCCCCUCCUGGAUGUCCAUGUCGUUGCCAGGCAGGUUGGCCCUGGCAUCGUCUACAUGUUGUUCAACCACUCAUUUCUGGGUCGUGGGGUCAUCCUGCAUUGUGUGACACCUGUGGAACCUCUGCUGCAGCGCGUCACCCAUUGCAUCUAUUACCAGGCCAGCAUUCCCACCAUUAUCCCCAAGUUCAUCAUGAAGGCAGAAUGUAUGCAGUUUGAGCGGGAUGUGAUGAUCUGGAACAAUAAGAAGUAUAUCUCAAAGCCACUGCUGGUGAAGGAGGACUCUGCUAUUGCUCGGCACCGCCGCUGGUACGCUCAGUUCUACAGCCAGAACAGCCUCCACUUCACAAUGCAGCAAGAUGGUCUGGACUGGUAACCAGCGCUCAGGAUCCACAAACCCUGAGCUCCACAGUCUCUGAUGGAAAAGUCACUGAGGGAGGAGGGCAGGCAGGAAUGGACAGCUGCAACCUUCAAGAGGAACGGUGGGCCCUGAGCCCCAUUUUUAAUUUCAUUGGGAAAACAGGUUGUGACACUCCAAAAACAAACCACUCCAAAGACGUGGCUUUUCAUUGGUUAUGAAGGAGAAAUGGUUUUGUGUGUGUUUUUGCAGGAGAUUUUACAUAAUUAUGACUUUUUUAUUGAUCAAUAACAUGUAUUAACAGUCUUCAGUCACUGGUGCUCAGCACAGGUUGAGUUCAUCCUGCUGGAGGUGGGGGGGGUGGGGUGAGAGCACAAAAGGCAGGGGUGAGGAAGCGCAGAAGAUUGGGGGUCGAUUGGCAUUUGCCAUCCCUUUUCGUGUGAUGCCGUUUGGGGUACACUGGUUGGUGAAAACCAACUACAGACACCUGUCCCCCCACCCCCACCCCACCCUCCCUCGAGCGGUAGCAGACAGGAGCAGGCAGUGAUGGGUAGCCGAGAGGGCGGGGAGGGGCUGGCUCUGUCAUUGUGUUACAGGUAAGUUUGGAGACACGGGUCAUGAAGUAUAAAGGCGUUGGAGCUAGUUAAAGCUGUGCCUUUGGAGAGCAUGAAGGAGGUGGAGUCUGCACCAGCUCCCAGUCUGCACCAACAGAAAGUGCUCCAGAAGAUUGAUGAAAAACAGACUUAAGUCAGUGACCCCUUUGGAAUGUAACUUAGACAGACUGAUCCCCCAACUGUCCCAAACUGUAGCCAGCUGGUUACUCAGUCACCGCGUACAGUGUGUGGGGUUUGGAGCUCCACAGUCACACAGCGAGUCAGAGGGA